CUGGCUGUUAGAUUGGCAACCGGCAAAAAAUCCCAGUCUGCGACUGGACCUUUUCCUUUCUUUUGCUCGGCCUAAAUUAGCCAUGGAAACCACACCUUAAACAACUAAUUUUCACUCACUCUGACCCAAUUCCAAAAAAAGUUGCCUUUGCUUCUUUGUUCAUUUCAAUGGCAGCUUGCCACAUUUUUUCCAUGGCCACCUAUGCUUCCAACAUGAUUUGCUAUCCACACCCAGCAAACCCAGUAAUCAACGGAUUGAGAAAAACCCAUCACCUCCAAUUCACGGGCAGCACUUUCUGGGCAAUCCCAAUGAGUCUCUGCUCCAAUGGCCACCAUUUUCACCGACCCUUAGCGGCUGCAAGCGUGGAAGAGACAGCACAGACAGAAAGUAAAGACGGGAAGCCAAGGUUUAAGUUGGAUGCGGUAGACCCUGAGAUUACUGAAGCCCAGAAACAAGCUAUAGCUCAAUUGCCAUAUCAUAUGGCCAAACGUUGUAAGGCAUUGAUGAGGCAGCUCAUUUGCUAUUCUCCUCAGAAGGGUAGUUUGUGUGAGUUAUUGGCUGCUUGGGUUAGGGCUAUGAAGCCUAGCAGAGCUCACUGGCUUGCGGUUCUUAAAGAAUUGAGGAUAAAGGAUCACCCACUUUAUCUUCAGGUGGCAGAAAUUGCUGUACUAGAAGAAUCUUUUGAAGUCAAUCUUCGUGACUAUACCAAAAUAAUUCAUGGUUAUGGGAAGCAAAACCGAAUUGAGGAAGCUGUUAAAAUCCUUUCAAACAUGAAGGCUAGAGGCUUCAUAUGUGAUCAGGUAACUCUAACGGCCAUGAUUGACAUGUAUAGCAAGGCUGGACAUGUUAAGCUGGCUGAAGAAACUUUUGAAGAAAUUAAGCUCCUUGGGCAGCCAUUGGAUAAAAGAUCGUAUGGCUCAAUGAUCAUGGCCUAUAUUAGAGCUGGAGUGCCUGAUCAAGGAGAGAGUUUACUCAUAGAAAUGGAUGCCCAAGAGAUUUAUGCUGGAAGUGAAGUUUACAAGGCAUUGUUAAGAGCAUACUCUAUGGUUGGUGAUACUGAAGGCGCUCAAAGAGUGUUCAAUGCAGUUCAGCUAGCUGGUAUUUCUCCGGAUGCUAAGCUAUGUGGACUUCUCAUAAAUGCAUAUGGUGUAUCAGGUCAAAGUCAAAAGGCACGUGUUGCGUUUGAAAACAUGAGGACGGCUGGUAUUAGACCCACUGAUAAAUGUAUAGCUCUAGUGUUGGCUGCUUAUGAAAAGGAGAAUAAACUUCAGAAGGCAUUAAAAUUUCUGAUGGCGUUGGAGAGAGAUGGUAUCAUGGUUGGGAAAGAAGCUGCAGAAACACUGGCGGCAUGGUUUAGAAAACUAGGGGUUGUGGAAGAGGUGGAUACAAUCUUGAGAGAAUUUGCAGAAACUGAAGCAAAUUCCAGAGUUCCUGCUUCAUAGGCUCCAUCUCCAAGUUUUAUUAUCUGCAGUCACGAGGACAAGUGUCAAUUUCCAAGUAUAUUACUCCUGGUUGCCAGGAAUGAUAGGGGUAAGAUCUGAUUAUUCCUUUCUUCACAUUAUAGUAUUAGAAUCACAUAAUAUUGACAUUAUUAUCAUAUAUCUGAGUUUGUUUCCCUACACAGAAAUUCUAUAUACCGGUAGGUCCACUACAAAUUUGGAUGAUGAUUUAUAGCAACAACUAUCGUUUAGUAAUCUGACGUCAUUUGUGUGGAUGCAGCAUAUAGAGCCUGAAGAAUACGAUAAACAACUCACCUCUAAUCGGGUUUUGUAUCUUGAAUCAUGACUGCUUCCAAUUAAGCUUAGCUGCUUAAAUCUUUUGCUCUAGUAACAAUUAGAUGGAAUGGAAUGUCAUUAUCCUUGGAGCUUCUUGUUUAUUCUCCUC